GUUGAUGGUGUUGGUUUGCGUGGGAGAGCUAUCCGAUUCGUCAAAUCGUCGUUUGAAUCUUUGUUUACAAAAGCAGAUAAGUCGUUUUGAAAAUUUUGUCUUGAAUCCGUAUCGAAAACACGACAUGAGCGUGAGUUCGACCGUUUUGGUGCCAUCAAAAAGAUCGAAUAUAACAACGGGGACACCAAGGCCUACAUUCUGUACGAUUCUAUUGAUGGUGCUACGGCUGCUGUGAAGGAAAUGUGUGGAUUCCUGUUAGGGGCACCGGAUCGUCGUAUUCGUAUCGAUUUUGCUGAUAACGGAACAACACCAUCGUUCUCGAAGAGCAGUGGAGGUUUUGAGGAAGGCGGUGAGUAUCGUCGCGGCCCCGACUACGAAUAUCCGGAAGGCGGUGCAUCAUACGAGGAAAAUUCAUCGUACGGCUAUGGUGGAAGACCGUUCCGCGGCCGUGGUGGUUUUCAUCGUGAUGGCCCACCGCACCACGGGGACAAUGAUGUAUGGCGUCGAUCAGGAGCCGAUGGCGAAUAUGAUUCACGCCGUCGUUCUGGAUCAGGAAAGGUAUGUUAUCGAAUGCAAAAACGUUACCAGAAGUGGCACGGGAAUCUACCACAGUCUGGCAAAGGGCGCUGAUUUUGAAGAGUUCACUAUUCCCCGGCAAGUUGCACCUAACGGACGGAGCCAACGAAAUAGUGGACAGCCUGAUGGAGGACGAGUAAGGUAAACACCACCUUAGUAUUACUCAGCGACUACGCCUCGAUCAACCCAAGUUGGAAGAUGUGCAAAAGCGCAUAUCGACGUCAUCGUCGCACGCAAUCUUCCUCGGCCUGCCGGGAUCGACGUCAUCGGUAGCAUCGUCGGAUGAUGCCAGCGUUCAGACGCGUCCACUGCGUAAUCUCGUGUCCUACCUGAAGCAGAAAGAAGCGGUCGGCGAUAUAUCCUUACUCAAUAAAAAAACGGAAGCAACCGGUGUGCUCUACUCAUUCCCGCCAUGCGAUUUUUCGGCAGAAUUGUUGAAACGAACAUGUCUCAACCUCACCGAGGAGGGACUGAAGGAAGACCAUCUGGUAAUCGUGGUGGUCCGAGGAGGAACAAUCCUCUGAAGUGCCUUCUUUCUGGUAUUGCAGCAACUAGUCCAUAUUGGCACAGCAUACAACAUGGCUGGUUUAAAAAUUUGUAAAUCAAAAGUUUGUUCUUAAGACAAAGUUUUGAUUUUCUGUUUAUAAGUGGAUAUAGACACUUAAUAUAUUUGUUACAUUUGGCUUUAAGGCCUUCAAUGUGAUUUUUAAAAGUUAAUUUUUGAUCUAGCAGAAGUCCUAAAUAUUUAGAAUUCUGAUAGUUUACCUGCAGUGAGCGAUCUGAUAAAUAAUUUUGGAUCAGUUUAAUAGCUGGUUGGUUGUUUGCUCAUUGUUUGUUGGUUGCUUCAUUGUUUGUUGGUUGAUUGAUUGGUUAUUUAGUUGAUUGGUUGGUUGGUAGAAUGAUUAAUUGGUUGGUUGCUGCUUGAUUUGUUAGUUGGUAGAACUGUUGAAUGGUUAGUUACUUCACAGUUGGUUGGUUGCUUAAUUGGUUGGUUAUUUGGUUGAUUGGUUGUUUGACUGGUUGAUUGAUUGGUUGGUCGGCUGGUUAGUUGAUUAGUUGUUUUGUUGGUUGCUUGAAUGGCUGAUUGUUUGGUUGCUUGAUUGGUAGCUUGCUGGAAUGGUUGAUUAGUUAAUUAUUCAGUUGAUUGGUUGGUUGAUUAGAUGAUUGCUUGAUUAGUUGGUUGGUUGAUUGUUGGUCGGUUGCUUGAUGGGUUGAUUAGUUGUUUUGUUGAUUGCUUGAUUGGUAGAUUAGUUGGUUGGUUGCCUGAUUAUUGGUUGGUUGCUUGAUUUGUUAGUUGGUAGAAUCACGUAGAAAGAUUGAUUGAUUGGUUGGUUGCUGCUUGAUUUGUUAGUUGGUAGAACUGUUGAAUGGUUGAUAGUUGGUUGGUUGCUUGACUGGUUGAUUGAUUGUUGGUCGGCUGGUUAGUUGAUUAGUUGUUUUGUUAUUUGGUUGGUUAUUUGAUUGAUAGGUUGCUUGACUGGUUGGUUGAUUGGUUACUUGAUUAGUUGGUCGGCUGAUUAGUUGAUUAGUUGUUUUGUUGGUU